GCAAGUUGGACUGGGGACCACUGUUGCCUUUUAAGACCAUAAAACCAUGGGAAACGCAGAAAGUCAAAAUGCGGAGCAUGCGUUUUAUGGAGAAAAGCAUGCCAGCCUGGGGCGCAAGCACACGUCCCGCUCACUGCGCCUCUCGCACAAGACACGACGCACACGGCACGCCUCCUCAGGGAAGGUGAUCCACAGGAACUCCGAAGUCAGCACCCGGUCCAGCAGCACUCCGAGCAUCCCCCAGUCCCUGGCUGAAAAUGGGCUGGAGCCCUUCUCCCAAGAGGGCACCCUAGAGGACUUUGGGAGCCCGAUCUGGGUGGACCGUGUGGAUAUGGGCUUGAGACCCGUCUCCUACACCGACUCGUCUGUCACUCCCAGCGUUGACAGCAGCAUCGUCCUCACCGCAGCCUCUGUGCAGAGCAUGCCAGACUCCGAGGAGAGCAGGCUUUACGGGGAUGACGCUACAUAUUUGGCUGAGGGUGGCAGGAGGCAGCAUCCCUAUACAUCCAACGGGCCCACUUUCAUGGAGACCGCAAGCUUUAAGAAGAAACGCUCCAAAUCUGCAGACAUCUGGCGGGAGGACAGCCUGGAAUUCUCACUCUCUGAUCUGAGCCAAGAACAUUUAACAAGCAACGAAGAAAUCUUGGGUUCUGCCGAAGAGAAGGACUGCGAGGAGGCUCGGGGGAUGGAAACUCGGGUGAGCCCACGGCAGCUCAGCGCCUGUCAGCGUGCCAACUCCUUGGGUGACUUGUACACUCAGAAAAACUCUGGGGUGACGGCAAACGGGGGGCCAAGGAGCAAACUUACAGGCUAUUGUCGGAAUUUGGUAUCUGAUAUCCCAGAUCUUGCAAACCAUAAGAUGCCACCAGCUGCUGCUGAAGAGACUGCUCCAUACAGUAAUUAUAACACACUUCCCUGUAGGAAAUCUCACUGUCUUUCUGAAGGUGCCACCAACCCACAAAUUAGCCAUAGCAACAGCAUGCAAGGCAGAAGAGCAAAAACAACUCAGGAUGUUAACACAGGCGAGGGCAGUGAGUUUGCAGACAGUGGGAUCGAAGGGGCCACCACAGACACAGACCUGCUCUCCAGACGCUCUAAUGCCACCAACUCCAGCUACUCACCUCCCGCUGGCCGGGCUUUUGUGGGUAGUGACAGUGGCAGCAGCUCUACUGGGGAUGCGGCCCGUCAGGGCGUGUAUGAGAACUUCCGGCGUGAGCUGGAGAUGAGCACCACCAACAGUGAGAGCCUGGAGGAGGCUGGCUCAGCGCACAGUGACGAGCAGAGCAGUGGCACCCUGAGUUCACCUGGACAGUCAGACAUCCUGCUCACAGCCGCACAGGGCACAGUGCGCAAGGCUGGUGCCCUGGCUGUCAAGAACUUCCUGGUGCACAAGAAGAACAAGAAGGUGGAAUCAGCCACCCGGAGGAAGUGGAAGCACUACUGGGUGUCCCUGAAAGGCUGCACACUGUUCUUCUACGAAAGCGAUGGCAGGUCUGGAAUAGACCACAACAGCAUCCCCAAACACGCUGUUUGGGUGGAGAACAGCAUUGUGCAGGCUGUCCCUGAGCACCCCAAGAAGGACUUUGUCUUCUGCCUCAGCAAUUCCCUGGGCGAUGCCUUCCUCUUUCAGACCAUCAGCCAGACGGAGCUGGAAAACUGGAUCACUGCGAUCCAUUCUGCUUGUGCGGCUGCUGUCGCCAGACAUCACCACAAAGAAGACACACUCCGGCUCCUUAAGUCCGAAAUCAAAAAACUGGAGCAAAAGAUUGAUAUGGAUGAAAAGAUGAAGAAAAUGGGUGAGAUGCAGCUGUCUUCAGUCACUGAUUCGAAGAAGAAGAAAACUAUAUUAGAUCAGAUCUUUGUUUGGGAGCAAAAUCUGGAACAGUUUCAAAUGGACUUAUUUAGGUACCGCUGUUACUUAGCCAGCCUCCAAGGUGGGGAGCUGCCAAACCCCAAGAGGCUACUUGCUUUUGCAAGUCGACCAACGAAAGUAGCCAUGGGCCGCCUUGGAAUCUUUUCUGUAUCAUCUUUUCAUGCCCUGGUGGCAGCACGCACAGGUGAAACUGGAGUGAGAAGACGUACUCAGGCCAUGUCCAGAUCUGCAAGCAAGCGAAGGAGCAGGUUCUCUUCUCUUUGGGGUCUGGACACUACCUCCAAAAAGAAGCAGGGACGCCCAAGCAUCAACCAGGUGUUCGGGGAGGGAGCUGACUCCGUGAAGAAAUCUUUAGAGGGAAUUUUUGAUGACACUGUUCCAGAUGGCAAGAGGGAGAAAGAAGUGGUUUUACCUAGUGUUCACCAGCACAACCCUGACUGUGACAUUUGGGUCCAUGAGUAUUUCACACCCUCCUGGUUUUGUUUGCCAAAUAAUCAGCCUGCACUGACAGUUGUCCGGCCUGGGGACACUGCACGGGACACCCUGGAACUGAUCUGCAAGGCACAUCAACUGGAUCAUUGUGCUCAUUACCUACGCCUGAAAUUUCUGAUAGAAAACAAAAUGCAUCAGUAUGUUCCAAAGCCCGAGGAGGACAUUUAUGAGCUGCUGUACAAAGAAAUUGAAAUUUGUCCAAAAGUCACACAGAACAUCCACAUUGAGAAGUCAGAUACCGUGGCUGAUAAUUAUGGAUUUUCACUUUCCUCUGUGGAAGAAGAUGGUGUUCGAAGACUCUAUGUGAAUAGUGUGAAGGAAACUGGUUUAGCUUCAAAGAAUGGCCUGAAAGCGGGAGAUGAGAUUCUUGAGAUCAAUAAUCGUGCUGCUGGCACCCUGACCUCAUCUGUGCUGAAAGAUUUCCUCACACAGCCAUCACUGGGCCUCCUGGUGAGGACCUACCCUGAGCUGGAGGGAGGAGCGGAGCUGCUGGAGAGCCCGCCCCACCGCGUGGACGGCCCUUUGGACCUCAGCGAGAGCCCCCUCACCUUUCUCACCAGCAACCCAGGUCACAAUCUUUGCAGUGAACAAGGCAUUAGUGCUGAGACUGCACCUGAAGAGACCGAAGGGCCAGACCUGGAGUCCUCUGAUGAGACUGACCACAGCAGCAAGAGUACAGAACAGGUGGCCGCAUUUUGCCGCAGCCUGCAUGACAUGAACUCUUCUGACCAGAGCCCAUCUCCUCAGGACUCUACCGGGCCUCAGCUGGCAACCAUGAGACAACUCACCGAUGCAGAUAAGCUUCGCAAGGUGAUCUGUGAGCUCUUGGAGACAGAGCGCACCUACGUGAAGGACUUAAAUUGUCUCAUGGAGAGAUACUUGAAACCUCUUCAAAAAGAAACUUUUCUCACCCAAGAUGAGCUUGAUGUACUCUUUGGAAAUUUAACUGAGAUGGUAGAGUUUCAAGUGGAAUUCCUUAAAACUCUAGAAGAUGGGGUGAGGCUGGUACCUGACUUGGAAAAGCUUGAGAAAGUUGAUCAAUUUAAGAAAGUGCUAUUCUCUCUGGGGGGAUCCUUUCUGUAUUAUGCUGACCGCUUCAAGCUCUACAGUGCCUUUUGCGCCAGCCACACAAAAGUCCCCAAGGUUCUGGUGAAAGCCAAAACAGACACGGCUUUCAAGGCAUUCUUGGAUGCCCAGAAUCCAAAGCAGCAGCACUCGUCCACCCUUGAGUCUUACCUCAUCAAGCCCAUCCAGAGGAUCCUCAAGUACCCACUCUUGCUGAAGGAGCUGUUUGCCCUGACGGACGCAGAGAGUGAGGAACACUACCACCUGGACGUGGCCAUCAAGACUAUGAACAAGGUUGCAAGUCAUAUCAACGAAAUGCAGAAAAUCCAUGAAGAAUUCGGUGCCGUGUUUGACCAGCUGAUUGCUGAACAGACGGGUGAGAAGAAAGAGGUUGCAGAUCUGAGUAUGGGUGACCUGCUUCUGCACACCACCGUGAUCUGGCUGAACCCGCCAGCCUCACUGGGAAAGUGGAAAAAGGAGCCAGAGUUGGCAGCAUUUGUCUUUAAAACAGCUGUGGUCCUUGUGUAUAAAGAUGGCUCCAAGCAGAAGAAGAAACUCGUAGGAUCUCACCGGCUUUCAAUUUACGAGGACUGGGACCCCUUCCGAUUUCGGCACAUGAUCCCUACUGAGGCGCUUCAGGUUCGAGCUCUGGCAAGUGCAGAUGCAGAUGCAAAUGCUGUGUGUGAAAUUGUCCAUGUAAAAUCAGAGUCUGAAGGGAGGCCAGAGAGGGUCUUCCACCUGUGCUGCAGCUCUCCUGAGAGCCGGAAGGAUUUCCUGAAGGCUGUGCAUUCAAUCCUGCGUGAUAAGCACAGAAGACAGCUCCUCAAAACCGAAAGCCUUCCCUCAUCCCAGCAGUAUGUCCCUUUUGGAGGAAAGAGGUUGUGUGCGCUGAAAGGGGCGAGGCCAGCCAUGAGCAGGGCAGUGUCUGCCCCAAGCAAGUCUCUUGGGAGGAGGAGGCGGCGACUGGCUCGAAACAGGUUUACCAUUGAUUCCGAUGCCGUCUCCGCCAGCAGCCCGGAGAGAGAGUCCCAGCAGCCGCCUGGUGGUGGGGACACUGACCGCUGGGUUGAGGAACAGUUUGAUCUUGCUCAGUACGAGGAGCAGGAUGACAUCAAGGAGACAGACAUCCUCAGUGACGAUGAUGAGUUCUGUGAGUCGGCAAAGGGCGCCUCAGUGGACAGAGACCUGCAGGAACGGCUUCAGGCCACCUCCAUCAGUCAGCGGGAAGGGGGCCGGAAAACUCUGGACAGUCAUGCAUCCCGGAUGACACAGCUCAAGAAGCAAGCUGCGCUGUCAGGCAUCAACGGGGGCCUGGAGAGCACAAGCGAGGAGGUCAUUUGGGUUAGGCGUGAAGACUUUGCCCCCUCCAGGAAACUGAACACUGAAAUAUGACUGUGCCAUGUUCCUG